AUGAGCGACGAAGAACUGUCAUCUUACUUACCACAUCAGGGCGAUCGCAUCCGAUUAAGAGUACAUGUGCGUAAAGAAGAAGAGACACCACGAACAAAGAAAAACAAACUGUUAACAGUACUACAAGAAAAGCUUGAGGCGGCCCGUAAGAAAAAGACAACCAGUAAAGAAGAGCAUAAUCUCGAAGACAUGAGAAAUCCACAUCGCCCUUUCGGCAAUAGGAACGCCGCAAAACAAAACAGAAUGAUAGAAAUUGGCUGGAUCCAUAAGAGCAACCAACGAAGCACUCAAAUCCGAAAGAAUAAAGGGGGUGGAACAAGGAAAACCGAGAUACCAAGACAUGCAACAAAGGUAGAAAUUAUACAACAAGCGAUCGGUCUUUUUUUCCCAAAUGGCUUGUCGUCCAAAGGACCGUUAACCAACUUCAAUUUCGAUCUGUGGGAUUUCGCAGACCGUGAAAUCGACGCUAACGUAACAGUUGCCGACAUGUAUGAGAGGACAAAGUUGCCUAUUUUAAGAUUUUAUUUGGCUACAUCACAAAAGACAAACGAUAUCGGAAAUACAACUGAUGCCUGAAACCCCUCCGGCCGCUCAAAGUGUACUAAACGACCAGAUUACGUCAAAUACCAAAACCGUGGAUGAUUA